AUGACGGCGGACGCGCUGCCGGCGCGCGCGACGCGGAUGGCGCGCAAACUGCUCUUUUCCAAGGCGGGGUAUCUGCCAAUGACCAUGCUGCUACUGGCUGCCGACGGGCUGCUCACUGCGCUCAUUGUGCAGCGUGUGCCGUACACCGAGAUCGACUUUACGACCUAUGUGGGCCAAGCGCGUCUCUUUUUGAACGGCGAGCGGACGUAUACGCGCCUGGAUCCUGUCGGAGGCUCGGGGCCGUGUGUGUACCCGGCCGGGCAUAUCUAUGUGUACGCGCUGCUGGAUUACCUGAGCGAUGGCGCGCGGAAUCUGCUGCCGGCCCAAGUGUUCUUUGGGGCGUUGUACCUCGCGACGUUUGUGGUCGUCGCGCAGCUGUACCGUCUUGCCAAUGCGCCUCCGAUCCUGCUUGCAUUUUUGGUCCUCUCGAAGCGGCUGCACUCGAUCUAUGUCCUGCGCCUCUUUAACGACCCGGUCGCGAUGUUUGUGCUGUACGCGAGCGUGUACCUGCUGUGCAAGCGCCAGUGGCGCCCUGCGUGUAUCCUGUACAGUCUCGCACUGAGCAUUAAGAUGAAUGUGCUCCUUUUUCUCCCCGGCCUCUGUGUCGUGCUCUUUCGUGGCCAAGGCGCGGUCGGUGCACUGUUUUCGCUCGCACUCAUCGGUGCGGUGCAAGGCGUGAUUGGGCUUCCGUUUCUGCUGCACGAUGCACACGCCUAUGCGAUGGCGGCCUUUGACUUUUCGCGCGUGUUCCUCUUCAAGUGGACGGUUAACUGGCGUUUUCUGGGCGAGGCGCUCUUUUUGGAUCCCCGGACGGCCAAGGCGCUCUUGGGUGUGCACCUGCUCCUUCUCCUGCUCUUUGGCCUGUACACCUGGACCGGCCUUGGGACCCAAGGCUUUUCGUGGAUCUGGCGGCGGUGGCGCGGCGACCGCCGUCUUGACCUGACGCCGCAGUACAUCAUCUUGACGCUGUGCACGAGCAAUUUGAUCGGUGUCGCGCUGGCGCGCAGCCUACACUACCAGUUCUACAGCUGGUAUGCACACACCCUCCCCCUCCUUGUAUGGGCCUCGUCGCUGUGGCUCCCGCUAAAGUACGUCACCCAACUGACCUAG